AUGGAAUUGUCAGAGGCUUUCGUGGCGCAGGCCACUGCGCGUGCAGCGGCCGCACACCGUGCUCCUCAGACCGGUAACACGGCCCUGCCAAGACACAGUGGGGCAAGCCUAAGUGCGGCGGCAGCAGUGGCAACGGUCGGGGUUCUGUCCAGUGCGCGGCGUCAUCGUCCGAAGCUGUUGAAGCGGCGGUUGGCGAAGGUGACGAAGGCCGCUGUGCCUCCCGAAAGCAUCGACCUGCUACACCCACAUGUGUGGAGCGGCUUGGAAGAGCAAAGCACUCAACUGCUGCAGCACUUCACACAGGGUUUGCAGGCAGGAGACAAUCCAUCCAAUGCGGAAGGAGUUGCUGCCGCGGUACAGCAGCUCACCGAGAUCUUCUCUGAAGCAGCAGGUCGCUUAGCCCGCGAAAUUGUGCCUCCAGCAUAUGCAGCUGAUGCAAAGCCCAUUGAACUGGACCCGAACGUCACGUAUCUCUACGGGGCAGAUGGCGCCGUCCUUGUGGACCCGAUGAAUAACAAACCUCUUCCUGAUGACUGGUGGAACGGCUUCAUCGGCUUCCAAGCCGGUCUCAUCAAGCAAAUUGACCAGGCCUUGAGGGACAACGGCGUGGAGCAGGCCUUCGGCUGGACCAUCGUCGCCUACACCGCUUUCAUCAAGCUCCUCUUCUUCCCAUUGCAGCAGGGCCAGCUGAAGAGCACGUCCAUGAUGCAGCUCCUGAGCCCGAAGGUGAAGGAAAUCCAGGAGAAAUACAAGGACGACCCGGACACACAACAGCGACUCCUGGGACAGCUCUACGGCGUCAUGGACGUGAACCCGUUGGGAGGAUGCCUUCCGGUAUUUCUGCAGCUACCCAUCUUCUGGAGUCUCUACGGUGUUUGGCGCCGCCUCGCCGCCGAAAAGUUCCCGCACUACACUGAGGGCUGGCUCUGGGUGCCGUCUCUGGCACAGCCAAAUCCAGACUUUCAGUUCAAGCCUGCAACUCAGAGAUUCGAGUACUGUCACUGGUUUGCGCCCGGAACACCAUGA